UGGGACGGGGUCGCUGUGUGAAUAACCCCGGAGAAACCUGCGCAUUUACCCAGAAAAACUGCCGCAGGCUCAGCCCAGGGCGCUGAUACCGACUCAACCGGCAUUCCUGUUCGUUCUCUGCGGACUGCUCCGCUUUUUUUUGUGAUUUUGCGCCAGGCGAUCUCUCUCCUUCUGCAGAAAUGAAGCGUUUUCCCCUGCUGCGCAUGUGGAGGCUCGAAUCCCUGGCUUUGGUCUUGUCUCUGGUCACCGCGCACAGCCAGGCUUCGGGGUACGGGACCCCGGGCUGGAAACUGGACGGGUACAGCAGCGGGCGCGACUACGCCAGGCCCCUGGAGUGCGUGGACAUCCCGAAGGACCUGCAGCUGUGCCAGGGCGUGGGCUACAGCCAGAUGCUGCUGCCCAACCUGCUGGAGCAGGAGAGCCUGGCAGAGGUGCGGCUGCAGGCGGGCAGCUGGGUGCCCCUGGUGCUGAAGGGCUGCCACCCGGGCACCCAGGUCCUGCUGUGCUCCCUGUUCGCCCCUGUGUGCCUGGAGAGGCCCGUGCCGCCCUGCCGCUGGCUGUGCGAGGCCGUGAGGGACGGAUGCCUGCCCGUGCUGGAGGGCUUCGGGUACCCCUGGCCCGACAUGCUCGCCUGCGACAAGUUCCCCCAGGACGACGUCUGCAUCCUCAACACCACAGGCAACGGCACCCAGACCAGCUUCACCGGCCCCUCCCCUAUCUGUCCCUCCUGUGACACUGAAAACAAAAUGGAGGUGAUUCUGGAGCACUUGUGUGCCAGCGAUUUCGCUCUGAAGGCCCAGGUGAAGGAGGUGAGGAGGGAGGGCUCGGGCCUCAGGGUGCUCCUGGAGAAGAGGAGGAGGCUGCUGAGGAAGGGCAGCCUGAGGAAGCGGGACCUGAAGAGGCUGGAGCUGCUCCUGCAGGAGGGGGCCCACUGCCCCUGCCCCCAGCUGGAGCGCCUGGGCCUGCCCUACCUGCUCACGGGGGUCCGGGGGGGCCAGCAGCCCCUGCUCACCGGCAUCCACGCCUGGGACAGGACCAGCGCACCGUUCAGGAGGGCCCUGAGGGCUUACCGCCGUAACCAGUGCCCCCCGUCCCAAACCGGCUCCAAAUAACCGCCCGGGCCUCGCAAGGACUCACACAAAAUCAUCUCACCCAGCACCGCCAUUACAGGACAUUCGUUAUUUAGCUGACGCUUAUAGCCAAAGCCAGUUAUAGUUGAUUAGAAAAGCCGGGGACAAUCCCCCUUGGAGCAAUGAAGAGCCUUGCUCAAGGGCCCAACAGCUGUGCGGAUCUUAUUGUGGCUACACCUGGGCUUGAACCGCUAACCUUGUCCCUGUCAUGUACCUUUUUAGCCACUAGGCUACAGGCUGCAUUUAAAAAAAUGAUAAAGAAAGAAUAAAAAAGUAAACACACAUAAAGGUAUGAAAUGAGCAGGUUGCACGGUGGCAGUGCAUUUUUGCCCUCUUUUUUCCACCUCUGUGUGAUUGGUCAUGUUGUGUCCGUCCUAAGUUGCACAUUCUUUGAUGGUUUCUGUUGUGAGGUGUUUUGCAGGUGGGUUGCACACUGGACUGGUCCCACCAAUAGUGUCAGAAUCUUUAACAGUGCAGGCCAGCCAUUGGACAGACCUGUGACCAAUGGGAGUAGGCGCUUCUCUGGUCCUAUCUAAACAAACGUAUGCAUACCUGUCUCUGCACAUGUUAUGUUUUACUAAAUAAAUUGACAAAAUAUAGAGAGAGAAGAUGUGUUUUAUGGGUAUAUGAGUAAGCGCAACAACCUAAGUGUGAGCAGUAUGAAAAAUGUGUAAGAAUUGAUUUCAUGGUUACUAUUAAUUAUUAUUAUGAAAUAUUCAUGUAUAUGUUUUUAUAUGGGUUUGGUUUGAACUAUUGAAAUGGCUCACAUUCAAUCAAAUUUGACGUAACUUUUUUCCAAGAGUUUUUCCAAUGCACGUUGUUUUUCAGUAAUGUUGAUUGAUAAACUUGGAAUACUACCUUUGUGAAGAAAACAAAGCACUUGUAACUGACAGAUCCAGACCAACAGCUCCUGAGGUCAGCGAACCAGUCAGCAGCCUUUCGCUGCUGUUUUAUCGUUCUUUUCUUUCUAUAAAGAUCAUUUAUCAGCUUUUACUCAAUGUGUAACCACUUUUCAGUUUGUUAUGAUAGAAACAAUGGUCUUUCAAAAAACAGGGAGAACCUGGUUUUCUUUCAUUCAUUCAGUUUUGAUUUUAUGUUUGUUGUUUUAUACUGAUGUAUUAAUUAACUGUGCAACAAGCAUCAACUAUACAGAUAUUACGAAAUGAAGAGCAUUAAAUCGUAUCUCAUAUCGCACAGAAUAACAUAUCUACCAUAUAGUUAAUAGCUAAUAGGACAGUCAAUGAACUCUUGCCAUUGACACAACUUAUGUGUAAAUCACAGGUCAGCACAUAAUGUACAUUUUCAUCAGAUUUCAGGACCAAAACACUGAAUCAGCAAGAUUUCACUUGGCUGAAGCUGCAAACUUUCGCUUUUUUUUUUUUUUACAUUCAUGUUUGGGCUGGACAGUUUGUGCUGGAUAAACAGUGUAAGUUGGAAUUGUAUUACAUCAACGUUAAGCACUGUUACUCAUUAAAUCAGAUCCCUUCUGUUUA